AUGGAGACGAAAAAUAAUCAAUUGAAACUGGAAGCUCUCCGACGGCGGCUCCGGUAUCCAAAUAAAAGUUAUGUGGACCCUGUGGGCCUUUCAGAAGGUUUAGCUCUGUGGUGGUUGGAUGAGGUACAUCUACAGGUUAGUUUUAAGUCGGCAAAUCUCCUUAAUUGCCAUGUCUCUGAUAAUCUCAAUCAUUCCCCGUGGCUAGCUACUUUUGUUUAUGCGCCCCCUAGAUGGACGGACAGGAGGGUAUUCUGGCAAGUAUUACAGGCAAUUGCACAGGACACCCAUGAUCCUUGGCUUUGUAUUGGUGAUUUUAAUGAAGUGGGGCUGUCUUGGGAGAAACAAGGAAGAGUUGCUUGUAAUCGUGCGAGGAUAGAACAUUAUCAGAGGUUCUUAUCGGAGUGUCAACUUAUGGAUCUUGAAUACAAACGCACCCCUUAUACCUGGACUAAUAACCAAAAAGGCAUCUGCAAUGUAAGGGAGCGGCUGGAUAAAGCUUUGGUAACUGUUAAUUGGAGACUUUUAUUCCCCUAUGCUCAAGUUCAUCAUGAGCUCUUUCUAGGCUCGGACCAUUGUCCCCUACUUCUUCAUUGCCAAAUUCCUCCAAGGAAAGUGCCCCACCAGUUCAAGUUUGAGUCUAUGUGGACAACCCAUCCUGAGUGUGAAGAAAUUAUUAAGGCAAACUGGAUGAAAUUCCAACCAGGUUCUCCAAUUUCUAAAGUUUGUUUCAAGCUCCAAGCCUGUCAAAGAGGCCUCUCUGAAUGGAAUUCCAACGACACCCAUAUUCGACUCGUGCAAGCUGAAAUUGAGAUGGUUUUACUAAGGGAAGAAAUGUUCCAACACCAGAGGUCUCGGAUCAAUUGGCUCAGUUAUGGGGAUCGUAACUCGGCUUUCUUUCAUGCUUCGGUUGUCCAGCGUAGGCAGAGAAAUCAGUUGGUCAAGCUCAAACUAGAUACUGGCGUCUGGUUAGAGACUGAUAGUGCCAUUAAUGAUCAUCUCUCCUCUUACUUUUCUCACCUUUUUCAAGCAAAAGGACCUAGAAAUUUUGAGGACGCUUUGGCAGCGGUGAAUUUGUCUGUGACUCAUUCGAUGAAUGAAGCUCUUCUUAGGCCAGUCGAUGAUGAUGAAGUCAAGCUUGCAACCUUUCAAUUGGGUCCUUUAAAAGCCCCAGGGCCUGAUGGGUUUCCCGUGGAGUUCUCAGUGUUCGUAAAUGGCGAGAAGCGCACCUCAUUUACUCCUUCAUGUGGGCUUCGUCAAGGUGACCCACUCUCACCAUAUUUGUUCCUCCUGGUUGCUGAUGUGUUGUCUACUUUACUUCAUCAAAGUCUUCUUUCCAAUGCGAUCUCGGGAAUCCGGAUGCGUAGGACUUGUCCCCCGCUAUCACAUCUAUUUUUUGCCGAUGACGCCAUUAUUUUCUUUAAGGCUGAGCAUUCUGAGGGUCUUCACAUUCUGGAUAUUUUACGGGUCUAUAGUGAGGCAUCUGGCCAAAUUCUCAAUUUUGAUAAGUCUGGAGCUCUUUUCUCGGCUAACACCUCAGUCAGUGCUCGCCAGGCCCUGUGUCUUCUAUUGGGUGUUUCUGAAGCUAAUCCUAAAGCCAAAUACCUGGGCCUCCCAGCCUCAUGGGGCAAAUCUAAGACUGAAGCCUAUAGUUUUCUUUUGGAAAAAGCGUUGCUGAAAUUACAAGGGUGGAAAUCCAACUUAUUAUCUCCAGCGAGCAGAGAGACUCUCAUCAAGGCAGUUGUUCAGGCUAUCCCCUCUUACGCGAUGGCAUGUUUUGAGCUCCCUCAAGCGUUUUGCUCUAAGCUUAACAGCUUUUUUCGUAAUUUUUGGUGGAAGGGAGAUCCGGAAAAAAGGGGCAUCUGUUGGGCUAAGUGGACACAUAUGACUAAUCCGAAAUCGGAGGGGGGUAUGGGAUUGCGUGAUUUUAAAGAUUUUAACCUCGCCCUUCUGGCCAAACAGGGCUGGAGAUUACUGUCUAAUCCGGACUCCUAUUGGGCUCGAAUGUACAAGGGACUUUAUUUCCCUCAUUCUUCCUUCUUACAAGCUGCUAAGGGAUCCAAUGCAUCAUGGGCAUGGAAUAGUCUGUUAAAGGGUCGCGAGUUGAUUCAGGCUGGUAUUCGGUGGCAAGUACAAUCUGGCCAGCAGAUUCGUCUAUGGGAGGAUCCGUGGAUUCCGUCCCUUAAAGGUUUCAAAAUCCUUUCAGCAAAGCCCCCCACCUGCGAUGUUCUGACGGUGGCCGACGUAAUUGAUCAAGUUCAUAAGUCUUGGCAUUUGGACCCACUGUUGCACUGUCUUUCCCCAGCCGAAGUUGCAGCCAUAUCAGUUAUACCUAUUGCCAUGGAAGGACGUGAUGAUUCGCAAAUGGAGAGAACAAGAAGUGAUAAUGUGACUGAAUCCUCUGAUGCCCAAAUGGACCGAAUGGAAAGAAUGUUAGAAGCUUUGACUGAGUCCAUGGGACAACAACAGAGACAAUAA